UGAGAUCUUCGGUUCAUUGCCUCGAGUACAAAGAAAUACAACUGUUGUUUAAAAGAGUCAUGCAGCAUCACAUGUGCAGUAAUCCCAUGAGAUAUUCUGGAUUAGAAAAAAACAAAACAAGUCCAGAGAUCGGAGGAGGACAAUCAGUAAAUCAAUGAGGUUUGUUCUUCUGUCCAUUUUCAUCUUAUGAUUAAAGAUCAGUCACAGACUGGACAGAUCUAGUCAAACUGUGUCAUUUGCAUUAAACGUGUCACUCUUAGAUUUCAUGAAAGGUGACAUCACAGCGGACACAUCUGACGACAAACCAAUCGGUGUGUCCGCUUGUUAUUUCAUCACUGUUUGCCCCAUCAGUGUCAUCACAGGUGAAAGGUCAGGAAAUGUGAGUUCUCCAGUGGGCAUGUAAACAAAACCACAUCUAGCCUUGAAUAAAGUCCAUUCAGAGCAAAAAACUGGGCUCCAGGAGAAAGACGAAGCCUGACAACGUCCAGUCGACCUGAUCUCAGUCUGCAGACAUGGAUCUGCUUCACAGCUGGGGUGUGAACAUCGCUGUCCAUCUGCAAACAGAGCACGGAGACUAUAACAAUCUGUUUCAUAGGGUCUCCUCCGUGGCAGAUCUCCACACCACCUUCUUUGUGUUUUUUCCUCUUUGGUUUCAUCUGAGGAGAGAUGUGGGCAUUAAACUCAUCUGGGUGGCUGUGGUGGGAGACUGGCUGAACCUCGUCCUGAAGUGGGUGUUAUCUGGUGAGCGGCCGUACUGGUGGGUCCAUGAGACCAUGUUUUAUGGUCCUGUCAAACAUCCUGAACUGAAGCAAUUUCCCAUCACAUGUGAAACUGGACCAGGAAGCCCAUCAGGUCACGCUAUGGGCUCUGCAGGAGUCGGGUAUGUGAUGGUCACUGCGUUACUUUCCAUCGCUUCAGACAGAAAAACACCUGCUUUACACUACAGGCUUUUACAGUUGAUGCUCUGGACAUUGUUGGGUUUUGUGGAGUUAUUGGUCUGCAUGUCUAGAGUUUAUCUGGCAGCCCAUUUCCCACACCAAGUUAUCAGUGGAGUUAUGUCAGGUAUUAUUGUGGCAGAAAUCUUCUCCAGACAGCAGUGGAUCUACAGUGCCAGUUUGAAGAAAUACUUCAACAGCACUCUGUUCCUCCUGUCGUUCGCUGUGGGCUUCUAUGUUCUCCUGAAGGUUCUUGGUGUGGAUCUCCUGUGGACGCUGGAGAAAGCUCAGAAGUGGUGUGUCAAUCCAGACUGGGUCCUCAUGGACACCACACCCUUUGCCAGCCUGCUGAGAAACAUGGGCACCCUGUUUGGUCUGGGACUCGGCCUUCACUUGUCAUGCCACAGCGAAAGCAAGAGAAACAACAACAGCGCUCUCUUCAGGUCAGGAUGUAUUUGCAUUUCUUUGGUACUGCUGCAGCUCCUAGACUCUGUGACGUUUUCCUCAAACAACCAUUUACUUUUCUACUUUCUGUCAUUCUGCAAGAGCGCUGCUGCACUUGUGUUGCCCACUGCACUCGUUCCUGCUGCAAUGUCUUGGAUUUUGUAUAGAGGUAAACAUGAAAAAGACAUUUAAUGUGAUGUUCAAACUGGUGCAUCAAAAACACGCUGAAUGAUAAAUAGUUGAGGGGUGUAGUUUUGCAUUGGGACCAUUCAUGCAAAUGUUCAGUGGUUCAGUAGCACUGCUGUCAUGCACUCAGAUUUCUCCGGUUUCUACAAAACUAUUAUUCCUCCUGUUGAUAAAACUCUGCUUGAUGUUUAUAAAUGGUUUCAUUUUCUAUGUCCGUGGUUCUCCACUGGAUUUGCUUCAGGAACCAGUCUGAACAUCAGGUGGUGAGCCAACCAAAGUGCCAAAACAAUUUAUUGUACAAAUAUGCACAGCAUGUCCAUGGAAAACAUGACUGUCUUGUAAUAUAUUAAAGAAAAUCAGUCUUGUGUAACAUUAUUAGGAACCACCGUUUAUCAUCAACAGGUAGUAACAGAUAAAACUUUACAUUUUAGAAUUUAACUACUACAAUGACUUGGUUAGUUUCUCUGAUCACUGUGUUGUUAUGCCAUAAUCUUUAAAAAUAAAAUGUGUACUUACCAACAUUUUACUCCCUUAUAACACUACCAGGCUGGUGUAAUUACUGAAAUAUUACUUUAAAAUGAGUAAAACAUUUAUUAUUUCAGUAAGUACAUAUUCAAUACAGUUAUUACCAUUUUACAUUAAAAUCAACGCAAUUUACAUUGUUAUUUUUUGGUAACUGCACUGUAAUUGUCUGGAUAUUGCACAGUAAUAUAUUGUGAUAUGUGUUUUAAAAAUAAUAUUACCAUUACAUUGCCCAGUUAUUACCAAUCAGUAAAGUAAAGUACCACAUCAACAACUGAAAGUGAAAGUUUAAAAGUCUGAUUGUUUUAUUAUUCUAUCCAAUAAGCACUGUACCUUUGAAAUUGCUGUAUUUUUUCCCGUAUGUUUUUUUUUACAUUUAUUUAGCUUUUAUUCAAAACUUAUUACAAAUAAGAAAACAUCAUAUUGUUGGUAAGCAUUAUUCAUGUUCUUCCCUGAGUAUCUUGUGAAUGGUUUUAAUGAAGGCUGCUCCAUUCAUUAAAUAUAGUGUUCAUUCAGAUGAGGUGUUCAAAGGUCCUUCAGUCAUGCUCUGAACAUCAGGUAUAAUAAACACAUGUUUUGUACAUAGAUCUGCUGACUAGUCCCGUCACCAUCAUUCAUAUCAAAGCCACUUAUAGAACCUAUAGUAUUUCCCAAACUCACUAUUGUACACAAACACACAUGUAAAUUCUUCUACCAUAAACUUCUUGAGAAAUUGUAUAUGAUACAUUUUAUAUGAUGGCAUAUUAAAUCUGAUUUGUUUGCUUUUUGUUUGUUUAACCCACGCUUUUGGUCAGACUAUUCAGAUGUGUCUGAAGAUAAUGUACAGUAGAUCUUAUAAGAUUAAUACUGGAGCUAAAUAUCAGUAUUGAUUGUAUUAAAAUAGACAAUGUCUGAUACUUUUAUAAAAUACUGUCUUUUCAAAGAAAUUUGCCCCCCCCCC